AUGUCUCUUUCUGGUACCUGGGCACUUGCCCCAGAAUUCUCAUGCGAAGACACGAGCGACAUUGCCCUCGGCAAUGUCAUUGCAGAUCCUUGCGCGUCGGACGCCCCCCUCCAGCGGGUCAAGCCCGAAGACCUGACCAACUUUCCCACUGUGGAAUCCGAAGAUGCCGAAGGUACCUAUCGGAUCGAGUCCGCUGACGGAUCGCCGCUGUCCUUGGGGAUCGGAGCGACAAUUGUCCAUGCCCUGACGUUCGCAGUGCGGCACCAAAGACCUGCCAGCGCCCUCGCGAACCAUAGCGUGAUGGGCGUCCGGACGCGGAAGCUGGCUCCGGACUUCCCAUGGGCUGAUCUUGGGCCUGUUCUGGAACGAGCGGAGUCGACCUUUGCCUACCUGAUCUGUGGCAAGCCGCUCUACGUUGUCUCCGGUAUCAUGAUCGCGACCAAAUUCCUUCGGCACACCGUUCGGAACCCGCCCCGGACGGAUCUUGGAUUCGGAUCUGGCGACCCUUCCUCCUCCCUGCAUCUCACCGGCAGUAUGGGAUCUAUGGGAUCCUCUAGCUCCGGGAUCAAGAACGUCGCCUCCGACCUCAACGAUGUCAUCUUUGCGUAUCGACUGCACAAGGUUACUCUUGGCUCCGGGCCCCAGGAACCGCAGAUCCAAGCGCAAGUCCAGCGUUCCCGGGCGGCUUUUGCGUCUGUUCAUCACGACAGGACCGACAAUGGUGAGGCGGGGGAGGAAGAGGAAGGAGAGACUGGAAGUGGUGGAGGUGGUGGAGGUGGUGGAGGUGGUGCCAUUUGUUUCGAGAUGACCUGCGAAGACUGGCGCGGCCAUGAUUUCCAGAUCUUGCCAUCUGUGCGGGAGGAGACCGAGACUCAGAUCGAGACUGGCAACUAG